UACAAGUUGGUGCUGAUUCAUUUGUUGACAAAAUGGGACAACCUGCAAAACCUUCGUUCUACGUAGGGUGUAUGAAUGCGAUGAGUACGUUUUCACAUGUACUUAUGGGUGCAGCUGCCAUACUUGCGUUUGCACUAGUAGAGGAACCUAAUCCAUCAGUGUACAACGCCCACGUCUAUAUUACUGUAAUUGGGGUAACACUCCUUUGCAGUCAAGCGAUAUUAUCAGUUAACCCUCAUGUGGGAUUCGAAGAUAAUUUUAUGUAUCCACAGAAGUCGAAACUUUAUUGGAUUAUUCAGAUAAUUGGUUGUACCCUGACAUUAGUCGGAGCUUGGCUGGGGAUAGCCGCAAUGCCAGGUAGAAUCGCCCCGGGGUUAAUAUAUUAUCCCCAUGGAAUGGUCGGUUUCGUAGCCUCGAUAUUGACUGCUAUAACUCUAGUAGGUGCUAUUACAAACUUACUGUUGGAGGAGAAAUUAAAAAGUUCUACGAAGAGUUUGUAUGUGAUUGUAGGAACUCUCACUAUAAUUAUGACCUAUGUAGCAAUGGUCCUACAGUUUAACAGAGCUGCUAGGAACGCAGUCAUCUAUCGUAGUGGUACUAUUGCAAUAACUGUCGGUUUAGUUUUUGCUAUCUUACCAUUUGUUGCAUUGGUAGUCAUGACUGGUGCCCGAGUAAUUGUCACUGGUAGUAUUAAGUCUUAAUUAGAAUUAAGUUUUAUAAAUUUAAUUAUGAUUCCUCACAAAAACUGCUGAUCAACAAACUAUACGAGUGUGUUCGUUAUUGAAAAACUGAAAAUAUAUAACAGGAUUUUGCAAUAAGAACCGAUUAUGUUUUAUUAUAAUGACGUAUAGAUCAAUACCACGAAGAUUCGUCAAAUCUUAAUCUGUAGUUUCGUUACUUAUCUUUUGCUAUUUUAUAAGCAUUGUUGAGCUGGUAUGAAAGGAUAGAAAGACCUAAGACUUGAAUAAGGACGUAUGUUUCUUAUAAGUUUAUCAAG